AUGGAGAUUAGGUACUGGAGGAGGAGAAGGUACCAAAGGCUGAGCGUUGACAACAAGAAGAAGCUGAGAGUUCAAAGGCUCGGCGGUGGCCCUAAUGGGACUAGUCCUCCUCGGCGGUUUUUCAAGAUCAGAAAGCUUCGGUUCCUCAAGUUCGUUUCGCCGAUAAAUCUAUUGGCCAAGGUCCACGGUGCUUAUGUUGACAUGAUGGUAAUGAUGGCCGGAAACGUUGGCGGCGCCAGAAGGAUAGCAGGAGGGUCAAAGAAGGUGGCUAAAGCGCAAGAUCAGAUUUCCGUGGCGGCUACUUGCGGUGAGCAAGCCGUCGACACUAGAUUGGUGUUGGAGAUUUACAAGAGAUUGGCGGCUUCUCGCCAAUUAACUGCCUGUUGAGAUUUGAAGCAAAGCAAGCAAACUUCAAAUUUCCAGUUUGAAAAUUGUGUGAUAUAUCGUUUGAUUUCUCAAGUUUUUUAUGUUUUUGUAGAGUUUGUUCAUUUCUAUUAGAAGUGGGCUGUUUGCAUGGUGAAGUAGUAGCUCUGACAUGCAUGCAUGUUAAUUGUAAACAAAAAUUAAGAAGUUUGGAAAUGUAAAAUUUUUGUGCUCUUGGAAAGUGAAGGAGUAUCCCUAAUUA